AUAUGACUUCUUCAACCUUUCUUUAUUCAUUCUAUCUAGGCAAUGUGAGAAAGUGACAGAGGAAUUAAAUAUCUGAAGAAAAAAAAUUAUGGGUUCAAAUUCUAAAGAAAUGAACAUAGAUUUGAACAUUGUUUAUGUGCCCAAGUUAAUUUCAGAUGUAUUAACAGAAGUUUCUGCCAUGGAUGACAUCUCCAAGAAAUUAACAAAGCUUAAUCAGUUUCUUGUUUCUUUAGAAGAAGAACUCAGAAAAAUCGAAGCUUUUAAACGUGAACUGCCCUUUUGUAUGGUUCUUCUAAAAGAUGCUAUUGAGAGAUUAAAGGAGGAAGCUUUGCAGUAUAAGGAGAAAGAUAAAAGGCCAGUGAUGGAGGAAUUCAUCCCACUGAAGAAGGGUAAUUCUGAUGAAAGUGGAAGGGUAAAAAAGUCAAAUGAUUUAAGUGAUAAGAAAAACUGGAUGAGCUCUGCUCAGCUAUGGAGCACUCCAGUUCAGUAUGAAAGCUUUGAUCUUGAAAAUAAGGGACAUUUCUUACACCUAAAAUCUAGUGGCGUAGAAGAGAAAGACAGAGAAAAGCGGUACCAGUUAGGAGUAAGUAAAUUGAAAAGUGAUAGAGGGGCAUUUUUGCCAUUUCAAGAACAAGGUUUGAAGGAAGGAAAAAAUGGUUUGGCAGUGAAGGAUUUAUCUCUGUCUAUGGCAGUGGCAGUGGCAGUGGGUGAAGGAGAAAAAGGUCAAAAUCCAAUUGAUGCAAGUGUGAAAAGAGAUAACGGUCCAUCAAAUUCAAGUGGUUUUUUACAGGAUAAAUCACAACAGAGGAAACAGAGGCGUUGUUGGUCUCCAGAAUUGCAUCGUAGAUUUGUUGAUGCUCUUCAUCAACUUGGAGGUGCACAAGUGGCGACACCAAAACAGAUCAGAGAUAUCAUGCAAGUGGAUGGCCUGACCAAUGACGAAGUGAAAAGCCAUUUACAGCAGAAAUAUAGACUACAUGUGCGACGAGUCCCAAUAUCUGGUUGUUCAUGGUCUAACAUGGAUGAUUCAAAGACAAAUGGUACACAAUCUGGUUCCCCUGAAGGGCCUCUUCAUUUUACUGGUUCAGGUUCAGCCAAAGGGGUGUCUAUCAAUGAAGAAGAGGAUAAUAAAUCAGAAAGCUAUAAUUGGAAUGGACAGCUUCAAAAGAGUAUUGAAGCUCAUGUAUAAGAUCAAAAGUAGCCAUAAAUUUUGCAGCUACAGAAAUAGGACAGACAAAAAACAUAACAAAUAACAUAUGAGGGAAGUGCUGAUGAGUUCUUUCUGAAAAAUAGGAAAUAGGAAUUUGCUGAUUUUAACAUGUUUGUUUGUGAAAUCUGGUUUAAUUAACUUUUGACAUCUUUGAUUUACAAUCCAUUGUGAGUACGACUAAUGAUUUGGAUAGUCUGAUACUGAUACAGCUGGUAGGGACCUGUGAAACUAGAGAGGGAAUAUCAAUUUACAAACUAUAUUAAAGUUCUAUAUACAGUUCGAAAUGCUUCUUUUAACUAUUA